CAAAUCUUUCCCUCCAAACCCAUUUCCUCCACAGAAAAAAAUCCUCUCUCUGCAUCUAUGGCUUCCGACUCCUCCCCAGGCCGCAACAACAACGGCCCCUCAUCACCCGAUGAAUUUGCAUCGAGUCCAAUCGGCAACACAUACUCUUCUCCGGCCACAAGAACCCGGCGCAGACGCCGGUCCACCACACCUCUACCUUACAACACCCCGCCAACCAACCAAUCACGCUUCGCCACUUCAGAAUCAACCCCAACCACAACCCCCCACCGCACGCGCCAUCACGUUUCAACCCCAUCAUCCGAUGGCGGCCCCCCACUCUCAUCCGAUGCCGGAGAUGACAUCGAUGAGGCCACACCGACGUUUGUUUGGGGGACGAAUAUCAGCGUGCAGGAUGUGAAGGCUGCAAUUCAGAUGUUCUUGAAGCAUUUUAGGGACGGGCAGAGUCAAGGGAGUGAGAUUUAUGAGGAAGGAAAGUAUAUGAAAGGGAUACAUGGGGUGUUGGAGAUGGAAGGAGAGUGGCUUGAUGUGGACGCACAUGAUGUGUUUAAUUAUGAUGUUGAACUGUAUGGGAAAAUGGUCCGGUAUCCCCUCGAGGUUUUGGCUAUUUUCGAUAUUGUUUUGAUGGACAUUGUUAGUUUGAUUCAGCCAUUGUUUGAAAAACAUGUGCAAGUCAGGAUUUUUAAUCUCAAGAGUUCCACAACUAUGCGAAAUCUCAACCCUUCUGAUAUUGAGAAGAUGGUGUCGUUGAAGGGAAUGAUUAUUCGAUGCAGUUCAAUCAUACCUGAGAUUAGGGAAGCGGUAUUUAAAUGCAUUGUGUGUGGGUACUUAUCUGACCCAGUUGUUGUGGACAGAGGACGUAUAAGUGAACCUACAGCAUGCUUAAAGCAAGAAUGUCUAGCUAAGAAUUCCAUGUCACUAGUUCACAACCGGUGCAGGUUUGCCGAUAAGCAGAUUGUGAGACUCCAGGAGACACCGGAUGAAAUCCCCGAUGGAGGAACACCUCACACAGUGAGCUUGUUGAUGCAUGACAAGUUGGUGGAUGCUGGAAAGCCAGGUGAUAGAAUUGAGGUUACUGGGAUUUAUAGGGCCAUGAGUGUGAGAGUUGGGCCAACACAGCGAACUGUUAAAUCAUUAUUCAAGACUUAUGUAGACUGUCUUCAUAUAAAGAAAACUGACAAGUCAAGAAUGUUGGCAGAGGAUCCCAUGGAUGUUGAUAAUGGUAAUGCUUCACGUAGGAUUGAGGAAGAUUUCCAUUUUGAUGAAGCGAAGAUAGAGCAAUUGAAAAAGCUGUCGAGACAGCCUGAUAUAUAUGACAGACUGACCAGGUCCUUGGCACCAAAUAUAUGGGAGCUUGAUGAUGUUAAAAGAGGUCUUCUUUGCCAGCUCUUUGGAGGGAAUGCCUUGAAGUUGCCAUCUGGUGCUAGCUUCCGUGGUGAUAUAAAUAUCCUGCUUGUUGGUGAUCCUGGAACAAGCAAGUCUCAGCUGCUUCAAUACAUACACAAGUUAUCUCCCCGUGGCAUCUACACCAGUGGAAGGGGAAGCUCUGCUGUUGGUUUGACUGCCUAUGUCAGCAAAGAUCCUGAAACAGGGGAAACAGUUCUGGAGAGUGGAGCACUUGUUUUAAGUGACAGAGGCAUCUGCUGUAUUGAUGAAUUUGACAAGAUGUCUGAAAAUGCAAGAAGCAUGUUACAUGAGGUGAUGGAACAGCAAACUGUCUCCAUCGCAAAGGCUGGAAUUAUUGCUUCCCUCAAUGCCAGAACUUCAGUAUUGGCUUGUGCAAAUCCUAUUGGUUCACGCUAUAAUCCUCGACUGUCUGUGAUUGACAACAUACACCUUCCUCCCACAUUGUUGUCCAGGUUUGAUUUGAUAUACUUAAUUCUUGACAAGGCUGAUGAACAUACAGACAGGCACCUUGCCAAGCAUAUAGUUUCUUUGCACUUUGAGAAUCCUGAGAGUGCAGUGCAUGAUGUGUUAGACAUUGCUACAUUAACUGCAUAUGUGAGCUAUGCUCGAAAGUAUAUUCAACCACAGUUAUCUGAUGAAGCGGCUGAAGAGUUGACUCGAGGAUAUGUUGAGAUGAGGAGGAGAGGAAAUUUCCCUGGCAGUAGCAAAAAGGUCAUAACAGCAACACCUAGGCAGAUGGAAAGUCUGAUACGCCUUAGUGAAGCUCUGGCUCGGAUACGUUUCUCAGAAUUGGUUGAGAAGCAUGAUGUGAUAGAGGCCUUUCGGCUCCUGGAAGUUGCAAUGCAACAAUCAGCAACAGAUCACUCCACUGGAACUAUUGACAUGGAUCUCAUUACUACUGGAGUUUCAGCUAGCGAAAGGAUGAGAAGAGAGAAUCUUGCAUCAGCUGCUCGCAGCAUAAUUACGGAGAAGAUGCAGCUCGAAGGGCCCUCAAUGCGCUUGUUAGAGUUGCUGGAUGAGCUAAAGAAGCAGAGCUCUUUUGCUGAAGUUCACCUUCAUGAUCUGAGAAGUGCAGUUGCAACACUGGCAAGUGAGGGAUUUGUGGUUCUCCAUGGUGACAGUGUGAAGAGGGUAUAGUAAGAGUGGAGGAACCAGACUUCGUCUGAUUGAUACAACUAAAUGAUACAGCUAAAACCAUGAGAAGAGAAAUAAGUUUUGCAGCUUCAUUAUUGAUGGGAUUAUCCCACAUAUUUGGCCUGUCGUGGUGUAUAUUUGGAAGUUGUCAGCAUCACUAGGAAAGUAGUAGAAUGCAGGAUGCUUGUAGUCUUGUAGAUGCUUUUGAUAAUUUUGACUAUUGACUUAUUGAGUGGUUAGUCAACCACGUAGUUUAUGACACCAUAUCUUAAUGAUAUAUUGAUUCUUCAAGUCUGUUAAUUCGA